GCAUCGCUGUUCGGCGCUGCUGUGCGAGGGAGCUGAAAAUCCAGAAGAGUAAAACAGCCGUGCUGGUACUGGAAUGGAUUGAUCAAGCUGUUAAACAUUCCUAUGACGAGAAAUUGAGGUUAAUAACUUCUUUUAACAAUCUUAACAAGUUAGCAAGUCGUGUUAAAAAUGGCCAAAAGGGGAUUAUCCCGCAAAGAACUAGAAGAAAUCAAGAAGCGCGAAGAAAUUGAGGCUGCUGCUGAGGUAUUUGAGGAAUUUGUAGCCACAUUCCAAGAAGAUGCCAGCAAAGUCAGUAAAGUUUGGGUUAAAGCAGGUACCUAUGAUGCAGGUCAAAGAAAAGAAGACGCAAAAGACAAAGGCAAACUGUAUAAACCAACAUCAAAGUUAGCAAGCUUAGCAGAAUCAUUUUCUACAAGGCCCAAGCCAAAUGACACUAAAGACAUAAAAGAAUCGAAGGAUAAAAGUUUACUGAAAAAGGAAAAAAAAAAAAGCAAUCUUGAGAUGUUUAAGGAAGAGUUAAGGGUGAUCCAAGAAGAGAGGGAAGAAAGACAUAGAGUAAAAGCACACUUAAAGCCAAGUCGAUUUGAGCCUGUCAGUGCACAUUCUCCAAGCACCAGCAAAAGCUCUCUUGCCCAUGGACUGAUUUUGCCAGAAGAAAAGACAGGAUCAUUUGAUGUUGGAGAUCCCAAUACAACCAAUAUUUACCUAGGAAAUAUAAACCCAAAAAUGACGGAACAGCAACUGAUGGACAUUUUCGGAAAAUACGGACCUUUGGCAAGCGUUAAAAUUAUGUGGCCUCGAACUGAGGAAGAAAAAGCAAGGAAUCGCAAUUGCGGUUUCGUAGCUUUCAUGUGCCGCAAAGACGCAGAGAGAGCGAUGAAGAAGUUGAACGGAAAAGAUAUUUUGUCUUUUGAAAUGAAAUUAGGAUGGGGGAAAGCCUUGCCAAUCCCGUCUCGCCCCAUUUACAUCCCACCAGCGUUACUUGAGAAAACACUCCCUCCUCCUCCCACCGGCUUGCCGUUUAACGCAAUACCUGCUCCACAAGAUAUCGAUCAGAUCCCGCCACCUGGAACUCCCUAUCCGACACAUGGCGAGGCGUUGGAGAACUUCAACAAGAUUAUAUCCAGGGCUGUUGUCAAAGUGGUUAUCCCUACAGACAGAAAUUUGUUGUGUUUAAUUCAUCGGAUGAUCGAGUCUGUUGUUCGAGAGGGUCCCAUGCUUGAAGCCAUGAUGAUGAACAAAGAAAUCGACAACCCGCAGUUUAGAUUUCUAUUCGAAAAUCGGAGUCCAGCUCACAUUUACUAUCGUUGGAAAUUGUUUUCCAUUUUACAAGGCGAAGCUGGCAAUAAAUGGUCUAUGGAAGACUUCCGCAUGUUCAAAGGUGGGUCCAUCUGGAAACCCCCUUCCAUAAAUCCAUUUUCCGAAGGCAUGCCUGACGAGCUUUUUUCUUCCGACGAGGAGGAUGACGAGAGUCGUCGGCGCUCACUUAGCAAAUCUCAAAAGAAGCGUUUAGAAUUGAUGUUACGAAAGUUGACCCCCGAGAAGACAAAAGUAGCAGAAGCCAUGAUUUUUUGUAUUGAGCAUGCUGAAGCUUACGAAGAAAUCAUCGAUUUCAUCACUGAGUCUCUGAAUAGUGUCAAAACUUCCAUUCCCAAAAAGCUGGGAAGAUUUUUUUUGGUCUCGGAUGUUCUCUACAAUUCGUCUGCUAAGGCGGUCAAUGCUUCCAAUUUCCGUUCGGGAUUCCAGUCACACAUGGUGGAAAUAGUCAAGUAUAUGCAUCAGGCGUAUGAGGCAACUGAGAGCCGAUUAAAAGCCGAAGCUUUUCGGCAGCGUGUUAUGCUCUGUUUUCGUGCGUGGGAAGAAUGGAACUUGUAUCCUGCUGAUUUCCUUAUUCAUUUGCAAAACGUAUUCCUUGGCCUUGUCUCAGCUGAUCAAGAUGUAUCCCAACGGUCUUCAGGCCACGCUGAAGAUGUCGAUGGUAUUCCUCUUGAAGACGCAGAAGCGAUCGAUGGAGCUCCACUUAGUGAUUCAGAAGACUUGGACGGCGUACCCUUGGACGGGGCGGCUCUCUUAAGAAGUGCAGUCAAACUUCAAACUAGUUCUCCGGCUCGCACAUUUACGGUUACCAAAUCAAGCAAAUAUGAUGCUGAUUUUGAUGGAGUGCCAAUGUCAGAAGAACUGGAUGGGGUCCCAAUGAGGAGCUCUUCUUCGCCAGUGGUCAGACGAGACCGGAGACGAGAGACUAAGUCAUCGAAGUGGGAAACACCGGCACCAGUGGUUGCCACUAGCAAGUGGGACAAUCUAGAUCCCGAGACAGAGCCAAAUGAAUCUUCUAAAAAGAAAAGCAAAGCGAAGCAUGACGAGGACAUCUUUGCGGACGUCGCCAGCACCAAACAAAAAGGAGCUAUUUCAGAUGAAGAUCUAGACGGCGCGCCGCUGGAUUCCUCACCUGAGGCCACUCGACACAGUUCUGGUUCUAGAAACGAAGACCAACGCGGGAAACUACGAGAGCUGGAGUUGAAAGUCAUUCGUUACCAGGAUGAACUUGAGGCCGGAAUUCAUAAUCAGAUUACGGGAAUGUCCAUCUCGGAACAAGUUCAACAGUACCGUGAACAUCUUCUGCGAAAGUCAAAGCGCGAUCGUUCUCAAGAAACAGGCGAUAGUCGCGAACAUGAAUAUAGAGAACGGCGCACGUCUCACGGUGCGGAGAAAUCAGAUCGUUCUGGUCGACAGGGAAUUGAAAGAGAACGUUAUAAAGAAAAAGAUAGGCGACGUUCAAUAUCCAGAUCAAGGUCUCGUUCCAGAUCGCCCAGAAAGUCAUCGCGAUCAAAACGAACACGAUCGUCGAGGUCGCCAAGUCCAAGCCACUCUUUACGGAGAACCCCCCGGAGGUCGAGAUCAAAAAGCGAUGACUCGUCGAAACGAUCUCGCCGUUCUCGAAGCCGUUCAUCCUCUCCAAGAAGGACGCCUAAAAGCCAGAAGAAAUCGAAGAAUUUCAAAUGAAACAAUUCAAUUCGGCUGCUAUUCAUAGCAGUUUUCAAUUUCGUGCUCCCUCGGAUCUUGUUCAACUUUGCUUUCACAUUGGUAUUCAAUACAAUCUGCCUUCUAGCGGUAUCAACAACGUUGGUGGCCAGUUGUCGCAGACCCAUCCGUAUUCGAUUGUUUGCCUCUGUGCGGGAAGCAGAUACCUGGCUAACGAGACUAACCUGGCCGGUCGUUGCCCGGGACGACGUCCUCGUUUUCAAUGUAACACAACAUGAACGCACUUGGAGCGCGUCAGAUGUUUAUGCUGACGGCAGUUGGUCUGAAACUUCAACAGCUCUGUCGCCGUGGCUCACCUACUUCCACACAUAGAUCUAUAUUAUUUUUCGUCUUUUCCCCCAGCUUUUUACAGUCUCCAAAAAUAGAGGUUAUGCGCAAAUCGUUCUCCCGAGUUUGACACAGGCACACACCCGUCUACCGCAUUCUGGCCACACAACAGAUGGUAGUAUACACAAAUAAACAGCCACACGCACAGAAAAGAAUACAACCGGAAUCGCGUAUGUUUCAGCAAAUGGUGGAAUUUUUUUUUAUUGUUACAGCCACAGGAAACCGAGACAAACAUGAAAAAAUAAGAGGGCAAGGAAGAAAAAAAAAAAUCGGUGGGCUUCUGCCACAGGAAGAAUCCGCCACCGGAGAAGAGGGAAUUUUUUUUUUCUCAAAUUGGCAGAGCAAAGGAAAAAAUAGUUGGAUACUGAUACACACACACAAACACGCGCGCGCGAAUCUUAUUUUUUAAUUGCAAAAAGGAGCACAGUUUGAUUAUGAAAAUAAGAAGUACGGAAAAGACCCAUUAGUAGUAAGAGUAAGUAUAAUAAAAAAAAAUCUCGGUUAAAAUAUUUUUCAUCCUGGCUGGAAUGAGAAAAAAAAAAUGAGAGAAAGAAAAAGGAAGAGCUAUGGGGAAAUUGGGCGGACACGUGAAGCUGUAGAUGAAAGAGGGGGCGCUAGAAAUUGCUUUCCAGCUGGAUAGGACCAGUAAACCCUAACAGGAAGAGCUGACGAUCUAAACAAACAGUUGGGAGGUGACAUGUAAGCUAGAGGGGGGAAGCCGUUGUAGAUUUCCAAAUGUCGAAUGGUGGGACAUGCUUGACGUUGCGGUAUAUGAACUCGCUACUUUUUCAAACUAAACUUGCAGACAUUGAAUCUGUGUAACCACAGACGCCCAUCUAAAAACACAUCUGAAUAACUUGGAAAAUGUAAAGAUUGAUGGCGAGACAAACGGGUUUGUUUUACUUUUUCUAGCCUCUUCCCUUCUGAUAAAAGAGUUAACAUGCACGUUACGCAUUCUGUCUGGAACCUGUAUUGAGCACACCAAAAAAAAGAUACCCCAAUGGUAAUAAAUCAUUCAUCAAAUUCAAGGAAAUCCUAUUUCAGUUUCCAAUGGAUGCAUCUCGCAGCGAUUGAAAAAACAAAAAUUUACAGCUGACGUUUCAUACUGAUUUUUUUUCGUAUCUUUUGUUCUUCGUUGGGCUGGACGAGAGGUAUAACCAGAUUUAUAGAUCAAGCCAAACACUCGAAUUCUCUUUCGUGACAAAAAAAUAUUGAAAAA